AUGGAGCAGAAAAAGGAAAAAUCGAGGUUUUGGGGAGGACUUCUGCGCGGGGAGAGCUUGAUGAAGCGAGGGUCGAGAGUGAUGCGCAAGUAUCAGGAUCUGCUGUUGCGCGGAGAUGCGCGUGAGGGCGAGGCCGAAUGGGAGGAUGAUUUUGGAGACAAGGAGUUUCAUCAGCAGCCGCCGCAGUCGCAGCAGCAACAACAACAGCAGCAACAGCAGCAGUACGACGAGCCGGAGGAGAAGCCGCGUCGCAGGCUCAGCGAGGGCAGCAAUAGUCUUGUUGUCGCUCAGCGUGAUCUGCUGCCACGCAGGCGCCGGACAAUCGACGGCGGGAGCGGCAGUGACAUUCACAGGCGCUCGCCCAGAACCUCGGCAACGAGGCGGCGAACCGACGAGUCGCUGUCCGGACGACUUCAGUCGAGCUUUGGCAAGAAGCGAGACAGCGGAACCGACAUUGACAUCGCCACUGCGACUGCUGGCGACAAGAAUAAGAAGGCCGCAGAGGCGCAUGCGGCGCUUGGGGGCGGGAACCCACGAUGGCCUCCGGCGACCGUCUCGGGCCACCAAGAGCUGCCACACAAGGUUGCCCAAGAGCUGAUUGCGCACGGCGCGCCGACCUACAGGGGACGUAGGAAGGCGAUCCCUUACGCCUCAGAUCAGCACUACGUGCUCUACGUGACAAGCUCCAAGACACGAAGCGGAGGCACCGAUGUUGCGAAGCCGCACGAUGCCAUGUCGCAUCUCAUGACAAUGAGGAUCCAGGCGAGCGGGCACACGUCAUAUCCCUGGGAAACGAUAGAGCAACCUAGUUAUGCCUUCUUCUACGGUCGUCUGGGUGGCACAAUCACGCUCAACCAGUGGGCCGCCGCCGCGAGCAAUAUUCCAGCCAAGAUUCCGCUGAGGGACUCGGGAGUCAUUCCGCGGGAGGUGAGCUUGGAGCAAAUCUUUGCGCGACUGAAAGACUUGCAGAUGGGGUUGGAGGACGAUGACCUGGCUCUCCUAUACCGAUCUCUCUACAAGCGCUUCUUGCGAGACCCCGACAGGCUUCUGAGUCCGCACAAGACGCUGGAUAAGCAGAUCGCCGACUUGAUCAUGGCGCUGUCGCGCCCUGACUGGAUCGACUACACUGAGCUCAAGAAUCAGGUUGUGACUCGCUUCAUAUUCGACAGCUCCACCGAGGAGAGCCAUGAGCAGUAUCACAAAUUCUUUCACCAGCUGCUCCUUAGCCUCGAGCUGGAGCUGCGCAUUCAGUCGCGGCAUCACGAUGACUGGGCCAAGGAGACAUUGCUCCAGCAGAUGCCUCCUACGAUCAAAUGGAACCUGGCACUUGCAAGGCGGUGGCGAGAGAAUGUGCGAGUAGAUGCGUAUGGCGAUUCGCCCGACCAAGUGAAACUGCGAUAUAAGCUGAAGAAGCGCCAAGUAAAGCAGCUUAAGAAGUUUGCUCAGAUCAUGAAGUGGCCUAAUCUUGGCGAAACAAUGGAAAGCCUGCAGCAAAAGGACGAAGAAUUUGCUCUGGACUCUAUAAGCUCGGAUGCGUUUGCCUACUUUAGUGGGCUUGUGCUUCCCGGACCGACAUUCUCGUUUCUCAUCAUGAACACGCUCAUCGACCUGGACCCAGAUCCAGCGACGAAUGAGCUGGCCUUGCUUUCUCAUACGCAUCCGCACGUUGGCUUCCAGUAUCGUAAUAGUCACACGUACUGGUCGGCGAGCUGCAUUGUGGGCAAAGUGCUGGCCCCUACUUGCCACUCGGUCGCAGGUUGGGUCGGGCCUGGCAGGCCAACGUCGGAGCUUGGCCGGUCUCAGAUUGCCCGCAUCCGAACCAGGCAGCCCAAGCAGCGGAUGACUCGCGAGGACGUAGAGACCAUGAGCACGCGGUCCGAUGCGCUAGGGCCUCGGGCGGAUGCAUAUCCUGUGCGCGAGUAUAAGCUGCCCGAGCUUGAUAAUGCAAGGUACAUGGUGGACGCGGUGCGGAUGGAGCUGCUGAGCUUCAAACCAGUCAACGCCGCGGGUCGUGAGAACACUGCGAUUCCCCGGCUUUUUGAUGCCCAGGCGCAAUUUGCGAUUGAUGGCGUUUCUUGGCCUUUACGGCUCAUGUACGAUGUAAGCUUCGUCUCAGCGUGGCCGUGUUCGGAAGGGCCACACCCCCUGUUCUACGACUACGUGUACCAGCUCGUCAAGGCGGACGAGAUUGUCAAGAUACGCAACUGGGGAGGCCUGUAUGGAGCAGACGGCCAGAAUUCUGGGCCCAGUAGCACCGCCUCAAGCCCUCCACCGGCGGCCGACGCGGCAAAAGCCGUCGUUGAUAGGGACGUCGACGAUGAGAAGGUGCUUGUGGUAGAUGCAGUAGGCGUUCGAGACAACGAGGUGCUGGCCAGAGCUUGGUGCGCUCAUUGGGGCCUCAGUGCAGUAGUGGCGGAUGUCCACAAGACUUGCAUGGCGUGCGCCAUCAGAGAGGCAUAUGCAGCGACAUUAACAGUAGUGAUCCUGGUCGAGGACCAGCCACACGAUGACCACGAAUGA